AUGCUGUCUCGCGCCGCUCGUCCCACCGCCAGGGCUGGCNNUCCCAAUGCCGCCAACUUCGCCACUCUCCGUGAAAUCGAGGGUCGUCUCAAGUCCAUUCGCAACAUCGAGAAGAUCACCAAGACCAUGAAGAUUGUCGCCUCGACCAAGCUUACCCGCGCCCAACGUGCCAUGACCUCUUCCCGCGCCUACGGCCAGGCUUCCCAGCAGGUCUUCGACGAGGCCGAGACCAAGCCCGUCGAGGGUGCUGAGGGCAAGACCCUUUUGGUUGUCUGCUCUUCCGACAAGGGUCUCUGUGGUGGUAUCCACUCGGGUCUUUCUCGUUUCGUCCGCAGAGAGUACGGUCCCAACCCCGAGAGCUACGAGCUCGUUGUUCUCGGUGAGAAGUGCAAGGCCCAGCUCGGCAGAUCCAACCCCAAGAACAUGGCCCUCAGCUUCGCCAACGUCGGAAAGGACGUCCCUACCUUCGCCGAUGCCUCCGCCAUUGCCGACCAGAUCACCCAGCUUACCGGCAACUACUCGAGCGUCAAGAUCCUCUACAACAAGUUCUUGAAUGCCCAGCAGUACGAGCCCACCGUUGUUGAGGCUUUCUCCGAGGACGCCAUCAAGGCUUCUGCCAACAUCUCCUCUUUCGAAGUUGACGACUCAAUCCUUGGUAACCUUCGUGAAUACUCGCUCGCCAACUCGCUCUUCUGGGGUCACGCCUGUGAGCAGUCUGCUCGCCGCAACGCCAUGGACAACGCCUCCAAGAACGCUGGUGACAUGAUCAACAGAUUCCAAAUUCUCUACAACCGUACCAGACAGGCUGCCAUUACCGGUGAGCUGGUCGAGAUUAUCACUGGUGCCACCGCAUCUGAGGAUAUGUAA